UACUGCAAAUAUUCCAUACUGCAUCAAAUCAAAAGUUAAACGAUGUUCACAGCUAAACCGUAUGGUCAAAUCCUAGGCAAAGGGAUGACGAUAUUCAUCAUUAUACUGCUGAUCGGUAGUGGCCAAGGAAAAGAUCACAGAUGUCGUCGACCGGUUACAAAAAAUUGCAAUGCUUCAGAGUCGUAUAUCGAUGGCUGGAAAUAUACCGGUUGGUACUACCACACGGAGAUUAGAGCAUGCCGACCUUUGUAUACGCCGAAUGGAUGGCACACUUGCCCCGAAAACUAUGAUCUACCAAUGGCCAGGGAAAUGUGCGAAGACUUAUGUGCUGAACCGUGCAUGAGGAGUAACGGUGCGCCAGGUAUUUGCAUGUACAAUGAUAUAUGCACAAUUUCUUAUAGUCAAAAACCCCCCACAUACAAGCCAUGCAAUAGUGACAAAUUAAAUUGCUGUGUCAAAGAACCUGACAGUGGGAUGAAAUUCUUAUUCGAAAUUACGUAUGGUAAAAACGAGGUUGUCUAUAAAACAAUCCGCAAAGAUAUCAAUGAUCCAGGGUAUCGACAAGAAGGAUAUGGUUACAUUUACUCUCUACCAUAUCAAAUAAAUAAUAAAGGUAAACGCUAA